AUGAUUGCAGAUAUGAAAAAAAUCAUUGAUGAUGUGGAGACAAGCUCCAACCAGUCUCAAGCAUGGUGCAUGUUUGAUACAAACGAGGACACGUGCUGGUUUUCAGGCCACGGCACUCAGCAAUCCAUAGACAUUUACCUGAGGCAGACGCUGCGCUUGCAAAGGAUCGAAAUAUUCUUCCAAAGAGGAUUCCACUGCACGAAAGGAAAGGGAUGUGUGACUUCAUCUGGCAAGUCCUCUGACUAUAGCAUGAUGGAGUUCCACGAUGGAGGUGGUAUGGGACGUUUGGAUAUUAAUCGAGAUGCAGACCACAUAAGGAUAGUUUUAGGGGAAAGCGCAGACAUAUACGGAAGGUAUUGCAUUUACAGAAUAAGCCUUGGCCUCUGA